UGCGUGUCGACGGGCGCGUGCAUCAGCUGGUACUUCGUGUGCGACGGGCGGCGCGACUGCGCGGACGGGUCGGACGAGCUGUGCCGCGCGCCGCGCUGCCCGCCGCUGGCCUUCCGCUGCGGCUCCGGCGCCGGCGCGCGCUGCGUGUCCCGCGCCGCGCGCUGCGACGGCGAGCGCGACUGCCCCGGCGGCGAGGACGAGGCCGGCUGCGUCGGACGCACGCGGUGCCCGGAGCACACGUUCCGCUGCCUGGACGGCACGUGCCUGCCCGAGUACGAGUUCUGCAACGCGGUGGUGUCGUGCCCCGACGCGAGCGACGAGCCGCGGGCGGCGUGCAAGGCGCGCGGGCGGCGGCCGCCGGGGGCGCUGUGCCCGCUGCGCUGCGACAACGGCCGCUGCCGCUCCACCGCCGUCGCGUGCUCGGGCCGCGACGGCUGCGGCGACCUCUCCGACGAGGCGCGCUGCAACGUCUGCAAUGUUUGCGCGCCGCUAAUUGAUGGCCGCCAUAACUCGCGGAAUCUCACGCGGCGCGGCUCCCUCGGCCAAGAGCUUCCCUCGGAGGCGGCCGUGACGACGGCGCUGCCUUGA